AUGUGCCGUCAUUUUUCACUUUCUCUAUCUCUUUGCAUUCUUUCACGUGCCUUCAUCUCUCUCUCUCUCUCUCUCUCUCUCUCUCUCUCUCUCUCUUUUCUGUGUGUGUGUGUGUCCCUCUCUCCCUUUUGCAUUGUUUCAAGUAACUUCAUCACUCUCUCACUCACUCCCUCUCUCUCUCUUUCUCUGUGUGUAUGUGUGUGUCUUUGCAUUCUUUCACAUGCCUUCAUCUCUCACACACUUUCUCUCUCUCUGCAUCCUUUAAUAUACCUUCAUCUCUCUCUCUCUCUCUCUCUUUCCCUCUCUUCCUCAUUUUUCAUUCUUUCAAGUAACUUCAUCUCUCUCUCUCUCUUUCUCUGUGUGUAUGUGUGUGCCUUUGCAUUCUUUCAUGUACUUUCAUCUCUCUCCCCUCUCUCUCCCCUCUCUGUAUCUGCAAGUAACUAUCGCUCUCUCUCUCUAUCUAUGUAUCUUGUAAGUUUAGCAGAAUGCUUUGAUAUAUUCUGUUAUACUUAA